AUGGGUGGCUGUGCAGGCCAAGGCAACCUGCUGCGAUAUCCGUCUGUCGUCUACAACAACUACGGCCUCCAAUGGUUCAUUCCAUAUCUUAUGGCUGUCAUCCUAAUUGCCAUCCCGUCGCUUAUCCUGGAGAUUUCCGUUGGCCAAGCAUACCAAGGAGGAACCCUUAUGGCAUUCAACAAUAUCAAUAAACGCCUGAAAGGCGUGGGCUUGGGCCCCGUCUUCGUCAGCUUCAUUGUUGUCCAAUACUUCACCGUCAACUUAGCAUGGAUCAUGAACUACUUCCGCCAUUCCUUCACCAGCCCGCUCCCGUGGGAAGGUAGAAUUGAAGAGUUUUAUUGGAACGAUAUCAUCCACAAUGUUGACUCUGUUGAAGGGAGCUUGACUCCGGGAAACAGUCAGGUUGCAGAGUACACUAGUUACCCAGGCAUCUCCAUUCUCGGGGAAACCGUCGGAUGGAGCGCCUUUAUCUGGUUCCUAAUCUGGGUCUCCAUCUUCCGCGGCGUCGGUCUUACUGGCCGCGUCGUAUACUUCACCAUGGGAUUGCCAAUCGUCACUACCAUCAUCUUCGUGGGCCGUGCUCUCUCUCUUGAAAAUGCCCGGGAGGGUGUUAGACUCUUGUGGGCAACAUGGAGAAGUGAUCAGUUAGCAUCUGGAACUGUCUGGCAAACUGCCGUUGGACAGGUCUUCUUCUCCACUGGCAUUGGCUUCGGCUACUUUACCUCGUACGCAUCCUACAACGCAAAACACUCCAAUGCCGUCAUGGAUGCAAUCCUCAUUUGCGGCAGCAAUGUCCUGUUUGAGAACUUUGCGGCCUUUGCCGUAUUCGGUGUUGUCGGAUAUCUUCGCAGGUGGCCGCAGGAUGGCGUCCGGCUGGGUGCUUUCGUCGUGGGAUUCCUGACGCUUCCAGAGGCCGUGCUUCAGAUGCCCGGCUCCAACUUCUGGGCCGUUCUUCUGUUCUUCACCCUUGUUGUUCUUGGAUUUAGCUCCGCCUUUGUCAUGCUUGACGCUGUCGUAACUUUGGUUGUGGACUCGGGACUCAAGCUCUCGCGUCCGGUCAUUGUCACUGUGCUGACACUGAUAUCGUUUCUCAUGUGUCUACCAUACUGCACAGAGUUUGGCUAUUACCUUCUGGACGGGAUCGACAGAUGGAUUAACAACGUGGCUCUGAUUUUCGUGGUCUGGACGGAGGUUGUGAGCGCCACUACCGUCUACCGCUGGAGAGACGUUGUUGGCCAGACAGGUUUGCCUGCAUUCGUCGUCUACAACGUCGGAUAUUUUGGAGGUCAGAUUAUCGGAAUCUCGGUUGCACACGGCAUUUCAAACCCUGGGGCAGGAGCUGGCGCUGGAUUUGGCACCUACAUCGUUUGCUCCCUCGUAUCCAUUCUCAUCUCGAAGACACCGGACUCCAAAGCACCGAGUUUCUGGGAUGCCAACGUUUUCCUCAGCCGAUUCUGGUACUUGGCGUUCUACUCUGGAAACCAACUGCGGCGUGACCUCAACGUUGUUGUCGGCGGUGGGAGGAACUGGAAUAUUCCUGCCUUCCACCCUUUCCUACUGAGGUACAUCAGCGGUCCCACUCUGGCCAUCAUCUUCAGCUUCGCCUAUCCUGAGUUCUAUUCCCUUCGUUACGACCCGAUGAUGAUAUCCGGCUUUAUUCUCGCACACCUCUGUCUGCUCAUGAUCAUUCUCGGCUUCAUCAUGCCAAGAUACUAUGACUGCUUCGUGCCGCCUCAUCGGCGAGGCGAGGGUACUGAAGUCACUAUUGUUAAUUGGACUAAGGGGGAAGAUGCCACAAGUGCUUAA